UGGGCGGUGCUAUCUAGCUAUUAGCUAGAGACCACGUGAUGCACAAUGCCUCUCCCAAGAUGUUUCUUUGAUAUUUCCAUUAAUUCUGUUCCUUCUGGGAGGAUAGUCUUUGAACUAUUCGUUAAUGAUGCACCAAAGACCUGUGAGAAUUUCCGCUGCCUUUGUACAGGAGAGAAAGGAGAAGGUAAGACAACGUUUAAGCCUCUACACUACAAGGGGACUCCAAUCCAUCGGAUAGUAAAGGGAUUCAUUGUACAGGGAGGGGACUUUGUUAAAGGUGAUGGAAGUGGUGGAGAGUCCAUAUAUGGCGGUUUCUUUAAAGAUGAGAAUUUAUCCUUGAAGCAUGACAGACCAUUCCUCCUCUCGAUGGCGAAUAAAGGUUCAGACACAAACGGCUCUCAGUUCUUUAUGUACGUCAUAGCCACACCCAUAUUAAUAAUGCUGCCACACCCCCUUUAGCACGACCAGACCCGCCCCUCAUCUAGAUGGUGUUCACGUUGUG